AUGGAGACUACCCCUCGAGCUUCAUUUAACGACCUUCCCGCCGAGAUCGUCGCCAUCGUCAUAAAAUAUGCUGCAGAGCCCACCUUUACUCAAGACGAGGAAUAUGAGCCGACGAAUCUAUACUCGACCGCUCGUGAACUUUGUCUUGUCUCCCGCACUUUUAGGCACCUUGCACUGCCUAUAAUGUUGCACACCGUAUUACUGGAUUUUGAUAACAUGCCAGCUUUCUUGCAUGCUCUACGCAUGCAGAACGAAUAUGCUCAAACAUAUCCUGCUCUCCGUUUCGAGUACACACCUCACGUACGCAACAUCUGGAUCGGAGAGUGUUUGGAUGAGUGUCCCUCAGACGCUCCCGUGGACAGCAGCUUCACCUCUGAGCCUGUGUCGGACCUUGACCUCAUCGCUCCACUACUCCUGGGCGCAUCAUCGCUCGCAAUCGACUUUUCAUGUCUGUACCUCGUGACAUCCUGCAUAGAGCUCGCAUGGACCCGUAUGGACAAGAGCACAGACCGUGGAAGUUUACCGCUUCCGUGGAACACAAAAACAUUAACGCUAUCGAGGAUGAGCUGUGAUACAUGGGAAAUGGCGACGCUUGCCUCAGGAUCAGCCUUCUUGGCAUCCAUCACCCACUUUAUCGCCCUCCCCCCUGAGGAGGAUGACACAUGGUUACACAUCCUUUUUCGAACUAGGCGCGGUGUUGGACCUCAAAACUACGCUACGCCUCUGUGGAUGUCGUACGUUCCGUGGAAUUCUUUCGAGAGGCUCGAAAGAGCCUCUUUGGUUUUCCCCCGAGUCCAACUCCCGUUCGACACGUUUGAAUAUAGCAUAGGAGCGAAGCUGCACGCGGAACUGUUGACGCUCCCUGGUUCGAUGCUGAAGGGCCGGCGCGUACCCGCGGAGAUACAAGGGUCCAAAGACACUGAAGAGGGUUAUUUUUCCUUGCAAGAUGGUAAUGCUGCCGUGUCCGACGAGGAUUUCGUUUCCUUGAACGACGUUCAUGUUGCAGUUUCCGAUCAUCCGGUGCACUUUUGUGCUAUGACAACUUGUGGGUCUUGUGUUCAUCCAGACUGGCAGAAAGUGUGGGCAUCUGGGUUGCAAGCUGAAGGGAGAUGGGUGUUGUGAUACGAUUAAUAUUGGGUAUACGUAGCUUGCUUCAUGUAUCGUGUCUAUAUACUUCUUGGCACCGAUUAUUAGACUUGUCAAUACUGUCGAUAUCUCUAGAGACCAUAGAUUUCGCCAACGGACAAUAGUACAACACGCAGUGCACCCGGAUAUUUCCCUGUACGACUUUUUCUCAACAACAUUGAACGCGAUGUGCUGCAUCAGAACUUCAGAAUUGAUUUCGUCUUUGGCUGCGCCUGUUCAUUAAUUUGUCUUCGUGCUAGAGACUCAUCGUUUUCCUCAGAUGUUGCCG